AUGGACAGAUUUGUGAAUUCAAUGGGUAAGUACUCGACAAAACCUCAGAUCUACUACCAUAAUGAAGACUAUUUCAUCAUACGAUUCAGUAGUAUUGAGGAGAGGGACCAAAUAUUGUACUCAGGGCCACAUACGAUUAAUAAUCGACCAAUAAUUAUGAAGGCAUGGUCGGAGGAGUUCAACCUACAUGAUGAGGUGCUAAAGACAAUCCCAUUGUGGGUUAAAUUGCCUAACCUACCUGUUAAUUGGUGGAGUAUGACAACAUUAAGCAAAAUAGGUAGUGCUUUGGGUAACCCCAUCUAUGCCGAUGAGUGUACGACUGGAGCAGUAAGAAUUUCAUAUGCAAGAUUAUUAGUAGAAAUGGAUGUCACAAAGCCACUUCCAAGACAGGUGAAACUACAGGAUCCUAAAGGGAAGGAGAUGAUGCAGGAGGUGGAGUAUGACUGGGAACCCAAAUACUGCAGUAAGUGUUUGAAAAUAGGUCAUGAUUGUUCUGAAAACAGGAAGCCAAUACAGCAACAAAGAAAUAUUCAGUAG